AUGGCUCAGAACAGUAUUAAUCUCAUGUCUGUACUUGAACAUUGGUUUACCCUGGAUGAUGAAUCAGCGUCGAAAUUGCUCAUGCUAGAUGAUGGCAUAAUUUUGCUACCCUAUGGUAUUCAUCAUCAUAAUGAAAGUCAAGCGGAUCAAGCAGUCCCAUGCAUCAGAAAUACCACUGAAUCGAUCUCAAAGCCAGAUGUCCUGGUGAGAAUACCACCGAACAACGACAGCAACCAAGCCAAACAAGAGAUAAUCGAACAAUUGAAACAGCGCUAUCGUAACAACCGAACACAGCUGAAACUAAUUGAGCACUUUUAUCAAACAUAUAAGUCGACUGACAACGAACCAAUUCGAUGGUAUACAGGCAAGCCGUUUCUAUAUAAACAAAUUAAUCGAGCCUUGCGUACGGAAGACAUUCAAAUGUUGCGCACAUUUCGUUACAUUAUUUCUGACAUCAGCCGUUGUCUCAAGCAAGAAUUCGAAUAUAUAAAAGAGUUUGUUGGUCAAAUAACUCUCUAUCGAGGAUUAAGAGUUUCAAACGAAGAACUUAACAAAUUGAAAGAGAAUGUCGGCAAAAUGAUAUCUACCAAUGGGUUUUUAUCGACAAGUCGCUCUCGAGCAGUAGCAUUGGUGUUUGCUGGUAAACUAACAACAGACAAACAAAGUGUAUUAUUUGAAAUCGAAUGUAAUUUGAAUGAACUUCAGAAUGAUGCCGUUAUUUUUGCCGAUAUUGCUCGAUUUAGCGAGAUACCAAACGAAGAAGAAGUUCUAUUCGAUAUUGGUGCUGCGUUUUUUAUGGAAUCAGUCUGUUACGACAAUGAACUGAAUGUGUGGCUGUUUAAACUGCGAGCCGUCGAUGAAGCAGCUCAAAUAGCUGAAGUCUAUCUAGAGCGUAACAACGAAUUUAUCGAAAAUGAUGGGUCAGUUUCAGCGAGCACUCUACUAUUUUCAACGAUUGCUAAACAAUAG